UAUUGAUUAAUUACUAAGUGCAGCCGUCUAUUUUACUUUAAAUACAUUUCUGUUUUCUUAUUAAAAGAGAACGCUUAUAAAAAAAUAAAAAUAAAAAAAUGCUUAGGGUUUCCUAUAAAAGUCUUCCUUCCUUCAAAAAAUAUAACGUCUCUCUUUUCCCGCUUUCUCGCCAUCUGUCUAAUUCUGAGGUGAAGAAGCUGCAGACCUUCUGUUUGAAGAAAUGCCGAAGAGAGAAUCCAAGGAAAUCGUAGAGGAAACACCCACCAUUUCUCUUAGAAGAUCCACCAGAAUUCACCGUCAAAAUCAAACCGGAGCUCAGAGCCCAAGGACUCCAAAGCCUGCUGGAACGAGACGCGAUUCAAUUCCCACACCUAUUUCCAAAAUCAAGAAAACUGGCCAUAGGGUUUCAGAGAACAGAAGGGGGAGAGAGAUCGAGUUUGAUUCGGAGAAAUUCAGGAGUAGAAGCCCGGAUUUAGGGAAGCAGUCCGUGAAAGAGAAGCGGCAAACGAGGAGUUCGGUUGCCCGGUGUAGAUCCGUGGGAGGUUCGGAGAAAUCCGGCGAAGGUUCUAGAAGGUCUGGAAGAGCCAAUACGGGUAAGGAAGAGGUUGUAGAGAAGAUGUUAACAAGGAGUUCGGCUCGCAGAAAUAAAGUUGGUGACUCCAAUUUGAAUACAGAGGAAAGUGAUGUCAAAUUUGAGAAGAUGGUUACUCGUAGCUCUAGUAAAGCAGAAAUGAAGAAGGUUAGCAACGUGCCCAAAGGGGGCGAUGAGUUACCCGAAAGAGAUACGAGGGAUAAGGAUGUAGAAGAUUGUGGGAUUAUGAAGAGGAAUGGAGAGCAGAAUCGUGCAAGGAAGGCGCGGAUUGGUGGGAAGAGGAAGAGAGAUGGAGUCGAGGGAGUGUGCGAGGAUGCUCGAGGAUGGACUGAGGAUCAAGAGCUUCAUCUGCAAAGUGCUUAUUUCUCAGUAAAGCCCACACCUCAUUUUUGGAAGAAAGUUGCAAGGAUGGUUCCUGGCAAAUCCGCGCAGGAAUGCUUCGACAAAAUCUACUCGGAUCACUUAACUCCACCUCCUCCACGAACACGCUCAAGGGCAAAAACAAAGGAGCCGUCACCCCUCUCGUAUUCUGCAAGCAAGUUAAUUUUCCCGGCUGAUAGGAAAACUAAAAGGCUUGGAUCCAAAAGGAGGACACUUCUAGCACAGAAGACUGUGAGAAAAAUAUUGCAAAAGCAGGAAGAUGAAGAUUACUCUGCAGAUCUGUUUGCACUUCUUGAGCCGACGUUGGAUCUAUCUACUGUUGUUCUUCCCGAGGAUACAACAUUCGCCUCACCACCACCGAGCAAGGUGUCUGCCUUCCUCACAGGGCGCAGGCCGGAAUCAUCAUCAUCACAGGGGAAGAAGCACCUCUCGAGAUUAAAAGGCGAUCACAAAGCACGCCUUACUAGCCCCCCGGUGCUGAAGCAGAUCAAGAACAAGGCUCUGCAUGAGAAAUACAUAGAUCAGCUGCAUUGCAGGGAUGCCAAAAGGAAGGCUGCGUUGAGGAAAUCGGCCCAAAUUGAUGCAAAGCCGAUUCGCUCAAAUCUUGUCAAAGCUGCAAAAGAUGCCCUGCUUUCUGAUGCACAAGAUGCUAUUCGGAGUCUGCAAUGUAGAAAUGAUGAUGAUGACGACGACGACGACGACGACAACGAGGAGGAUGAGGAUGAUGAAGACGAAGGAAUUUGAUGAUGGCAAAACACAUUUUCAAAUUCUUGUGCUUAAUUUUCGUUUCUAUUAGUCCUUGUACAAAUUUGUUGUUUUACUAAUUUUUGUUUCCUUUGGUACUUGUACAAUUUUUGUUUUAAGGAGAGUUUGAGGAGUUAAGUUCAAAGGAGAUUAGUUUCCUUGAGCCGUUUGAAAGCUUAGAGCUGCGUGUAUAUAUAUAUACCCAUGUAGUCUACUUAGAUCAUUAACUUGAGAUAUAGAAUUCAUUGGUGGGAAGAGUGAAAAAGAAGUAGUCUUGAAAGUUCUGAGCUGUGAUUUUUUGCUCUUAAUUGUAUUAUGUAUUUUGCUCUUUAUUUGAUAGUGAAAGAU